AGCACGUGUAGAUAGAUUCUAGUAUUCUACCUUGCGGAGAGGUGCAGUUGAGCGUCUGCUGGGAUCAAUCAGACGACCCCCUGUUCAGCAAGGCAUCAACGUGGGCGUUUGCGCAGUACAGGGCGUGGGAGGACCCGCAGAUCUCAAACCUACCUGCCUUAUUUCGUCCAUGUUCCGUUUCGGAUGAAGCUUGACCGAGCUGGCUAGUCGAGGAUGCGUACGCCGCCGACCCUCGUGCCUCGCAUUCUCUGAUCUCCAUCAUGGAAGCAGAAGAAAGGGAGCCCGACGGGCAUGACCAAGAACAGGAGUAUGAGCAGGAAGAGGAGCACGAGCAAGACGAGUUCGAGGAGGCAUACGACCAUUUCUCCCCUCCCCGCGGCCUCCCCGCCGACUUGCCACGCACGCUGGACGAUCGCCAGAACUUCUCCAGCUACAACCAGGAGACUGAGUACUACGAUGCCUGGCAAGGCCAAUCACAGUUCUUGUCCCCACCUCCCAUCUCCAAGCCCUUGAACUUCAACCUCUCCCUCCAUGAACCCGACGAUGGCGACGCCUUUGCUCGUGAUUUCGGCAACGACGAUGCGCGCGUGGCCCAAAUGCUUGCCGCCCAGGCCCGCAAGAGCGAAAUCGAUUCGGGCGAGGCGGAAGAAGAUGACAUUGUGCAGGAUGAGAAGCUGUCGCGCGACCAAAAGUCCAAGCUGCUACAGGACUUCCUGUUCAUCGCCGCCAGUAAUGGCGACUCGAAGAGGGUACAACGUUUAGUAAGAGGCUCGGCGUCAGACUUGGUAGACCUCGACGCCGUGGAUGGCGAGGGCACGCCGCCGCUCGUCUACGCGAGCUGCUUUGGCCACAAAGACGUGGUGCUCUCGCUGAUCAAUGCGGGCGCCACCGUCGACAACCAAGACCGCAAUCAAUGGACGGCUCUGAUGUGGGCCAUGACGAACAAACACAAAGACAUUGCCAAGAUCCUCCUCGACCACGGCGCAUCCACCGACGUAAAGUCUUCCAGCGGCCGGACUGCCCUGGACUUUGUUCCCCCCAAUAGCGAAAUGUCGGACUUUCUCCAACACAGUGGAUACAGCAUCGGUAAUGCGGGGGUCACUGACGACUUCUACAACGCUGGCUUCUCUCAAGACAAGUUUGAAGAGGAACUGGCCGAGAAUGAAAUGCGGAGGAGGAUGAUGAUGGAGAGCGCGAUCAACCUGGAAGUCGAUCUGGGAAAUCUGGGGCUGGACGAGCAACCCGAGCCUCUCGAGGAAUUCGAAGACAGCCAAGAAUUUGUCUGGGACCGAUGCUUGAAUGACCAGAUGUUCGUGUUUAUGGAGAACGACAUUGCGAGGAUCCUAGACAUUGUUGUCACCAACAUGACUCCUCAGCGCUCGCCCUCGCAGAAGCCGGUGCCUGCGAACAUUGUCUUUCUCGGUGCGAGGUAUGCACAUUACCACGCCAGCAAAGAGCUGCUUGCCGAAUGGCUAGUGUCUGCACAGGAGAAGAUUUACGCCGUAGUCGACAAGCAUCAAGGAGAUAUGACCAUUCUGGCCUUCUGGAUCUCCAACGCGACGCUGCUGUUGUAUUAUCUGAAAAAGGACGCCGGCCUGGUUCAGGAAACCGCGCAUUUCCAAGCGCAGAUGGCCGAGCUGAUUCACGAAAUUUACGUCUAUGUGAUUCGCGAUGCGGAGAGGAGGAUGAACAAAUGUCUGGACGCGGCCAUGCUCGACCACGAGACCAUCCCGGGGUUCGAGGACAUCACCUUCCAAAACGAGUGGAAGUUUCUCAAAUCGAAGUCCAAAGUCAAGCCGGAGCCGGCAGACAAACGCUUUCGCCCGCCAUCGCCGAAAAGAAAGGCACAAGUGUCGCCACGCAAUGUGACAUCUCUGCUUUCCUCGACGUUGUUUGUGCUGGAUCUCUACGACGUGCACACCGUCAUCACCGCGCAAAUCUUGUCACAGCUAUACUAUUGGCUGGGUGCAGAGCUGUUCAACAAGAUCAUGUCGAACAAGAGGUAUCUGGCGCGCACCAAGGCUAUGCAGAUCCGCAUGAAUAUAUCAACGCUGGAGGAUUGGGCAAGGACGAACAAUCGACAGCCGGAAAACGUGGAGAACGGGAGCAAGACAGCGACGGGCGAGUCGACUGCGGAUGCAGCGCGGCGACAUCUUGCGCCGCUCGUGCAGUUGAUGCAGUGGCUGCAAUGCUUCUCCUCGCUUGGAGAAGAUAAAGAGGCCAUGGAAACGACGCUCCAACAGCUCCCGAGUCUGACGACGAAGCAACUACUACAUGCCGUGAAGCAUUAUCGAGCUGAAGUCGGGGAGAAGACAUUGAACAAAGCUUCCUUGAAGUACAUUCAGGAAGUGAGAAGCCGGCCGAAAUGGCCGACGUCUGAAGCGGCCGCGAAUGCCAGUGCCGCAUCAACCCAACAGGCAAAGGAUGCAUCGGACGCGAAUGGCAGAGGCACGCCUCAGCUUCCGUCUACUCCUCAACCGGACGACUACGACGAUGUACCAGAGGGCAAUUUGCUCAAUCCCGCGUUGCUCUUGCCCUUCCAUCUCCCGACCUCGACGGACAUGCUGGUCACGUUCGGCGCGGGAUUCGGCGGAAUGAACAAGGAACGCGAGCGUCGAUAUACCCCAUCCGUUCCGCCGGAAUUCCUGGCCAAGCUCGAUCCGUCGGGGACGCAGAGUCGGAGUACGACAGCUCGUGAAGCGGACGCCUCUCAUCGGCCAGCUCCGACAACGCAACAGCCCUUAUCGAUAAGGGACCUGCCCGAUAUUUCUGGCCCUCCUCUUCCACUUCAUGCUCGCGAGCAACACGCAUUGGAGUUGACAAUGGAGACCCCUGUUGUUUCUUCCAAGCAAGUCGAAGCUGUGAACAGCCAGCCUGUCACCGCUAUCGCUGCCAAGGAUAUCGAUGCCACAUUCAAGUCGGACAGUAUAGACCUCAUCUCAAAGCCUCUGGGCUCACGCAUCCUCUCCUUCUCCGACGAGUGGUUCGCCGAAGCUACGAACCUCACCACCCCGACCCCACCCGUCCACAAACCCGGCGUGUUCACCUAUGCAGGAGCGUGGUUCGACGGCUGGGAAACGCGGCGGCAUAACCCGCAGCCUUUCGAUUGGGUGGUGAUCAGGCUGGGCGUGGCAUCCGGCCGAGUGAAGGGAGUGGAGGUCGACACGGCCUUCUUCAACGGCAAUCAAGCUCCCGAGGUUGCGGUGCAAGCAUGCUUUGCCGAGGACGCGAGGGAGGAUGAGGUGAAAAGCGAGGCAUUCUCGGGCUGGGAGACCAUCUUGUCGAGGCAGGAGUGUGGUCCGAGCCAGCGGCAUGCCUGGUUGUUUGCCAAAGAGACGGAGAAGGCAUACACACACGUCCGGCUGCAGAUGUUCCCUGACGGUGGCAUUGCGCGCUUCCGCUUGUACGGCACGGUUAUUCCGGUGCUGCCAAAGGACUCGGCCGCCGUGUUCGAUCUCGCUGCCACGGUCAAUGGCGGCGUGGCUGUUGCCUGUUCGGAUCAACAUUUCGGCACCAAAGCCAAUUUGUUGCUACCCGGCCGAGGGCACGAUAUGGGCGAUGGGUGGGAGACGAAGCGUUCGAGGGGCGACCACAUCGACUGGGUGAUUGUCAAGCUUGGCACACCUGGCAUCAUUGGCCAUGUGGUCGUCGACACUGCUCACUUCCGCGGCAACUUUCCUCAGAAAGUUCAGGUCUUCGCAGCCCCCGAUGCGCCAAAUGUACCAAAGCAUGACGAUCAGACGGCUUGGACGGAGAUCUUGCCAGCGCAAAAGACGGGGCCGGAUAAAGAGCAUGAGUACGGGAGUGAUGUGCUCAAAGCGACCGACAAGCCGUACAGCUACGUGAAGAUGGUCAUCAUCCCCGACGGCGGAGUAAAGCGACUCCGCGUCUUUGGCAGAAGAAGUGCUCCAUAGAAUCCAUUCCAUCCAAAGCAAUCCAGCUACAACUUCGCCUU